CGACACCAUGGGGAUCAUGUACGAAAAACGGCCACUAAAGAGGCCCCGGCUGGGGCCUCCAGACGUAUAUCCGCAAGAACCGCGUCAAAAAGAGGACGAGCUUACGUCCACGAACGUAAAACAUGGCUUCUCGACGACACCACAGUCCAGUGACGAGUUUGGUACGGCCAGGAAUUUCAACUACUCCUCGUCCAAGAUUGGCCAAUUUUUCUCUGGCAUUCUGUCAAAGAAAGAGGAGCUGAACACACUUCCAGAUUGUGGUCGGAAAAGACAGCAAGUGAAUCCUAAAGAUAACUUCUGGCCCGCCACAGCUCGCACCAAAGCUCAGAUUGAAGCUUGGUUCAAAGACUUAGCUGGUAGUAAGCCCCUUUCUCAACUGGCUAAGAAGGCUCCAAAUUUCAAUAAAAAAGAAGAAAUCUUCAUCACAUUGACGGAGUACCAAGUGGCGAUGCCUAGGGCUGCAUGGUUCAUUAAACUGAGCUCUGCUUAUACAGUUGCAGUGUCUGAGGCUAAGAUAAAAAAGAGACAGCUUCCAGAUCCCACUACAGAAUGGACUACUACAUUAAUAAAGUUCCUAAAGGACCAAAUACCAAAAUUAGCAGAACAUUACCAAAGUGCUAUUCCUGGGAAUGAGAAAACUCCUCCAUCACAGUCAGGUCAAGGUACUCCAAGCCACAGUUCAUCUGGAAAUCCACCUGGAAGCUCUACUCCUAACUCAACUAUUCCAAACUCUAUGCAUUCUCCUGGAAAUACUAGUACACUGGGCUCAACCACACCAGGUUCCGAAAGUAUAGACUGGCGGCAAGCACUCAGAUUGUGGAACUACUGCACACGUCUCGCCAAGUACUUGCUUGAUGAGGGCUUGUUGGACAGACAUGACUUCCUCACGUGGAUAAUUGAGCUUCUGGACAAGAGGGCACCUGAUGAUGGACUUUUGAGGCUGUUCCUGCCGCUGGCUUUACAACACAUGUGCGAGUUUGUCUGUUGCGAGGGCCUAUCUCGUCGAUUGGCGACCACCUGUGCUAAGAAAGCCGCGGCGAUAUGCUCGGUCCUUUCCGAGACCACGCUACGAACGUUGAAUCAACCGGCUGUGUUCUCCAAACAGGCUGAUAGAACUGACACAAACGGUGUGCCCUUGUCUCCAGCCCCCAACGAAACACCGAACGGCGAUGUGAAACUCAACAUAUCUCAAAUAAAGCGUUCCGCCACGCCCGCCGACCAGAAUCAAGGAACCCUUAACGCCAACUCUCUUGGUACACCUAAUCCUAAUCAUUCCCUAGGUACCCCUAACCCUACCCAUUCCUUAGGCACCCCUAACCCUACCCAACCUAUGGAAGUGCAAGUAAAAGAAGAAAACGAAUCUCCACCUAGAGACAAUAAACCUACAAUUACUUCAGUCAUAACAGCAUCUUUAAACCCCGUGCAAGUUGGUUUUGGAGAAAUAUUGAACUGCGCGUAUCAUAGAGAUGUUAUAAUACAAUUGGCCACUAUAUUGCAAAUAAUCUGUAUCGAAUGCCCAACGGCGAUGGUAUGGUCGGGCUGCGGAUCGCACCUGCAAGGUUCACCGCUGGACCUAUUACCGCUGCCACCGUCAGCACUUCCCAUGCCACACAUGGACUCUUCUCUCACAGAGGAACAUCGGCGAAUGGUGUAUGAAUCUGAGCAAGAAAUUGCAGCAAGAAGCAAAAAAGCUGAAAGCAAAUGGUGCACUGACAAAUGGCAAACCAGCUCGCAAGCUCGCGUUCUAGCGGUAUUAGAAGCCCUAGACAGACAUUGCUUCGACCGUGUGGACCAAAAUAAUAACUUGGACACCCUCUACAAAGAAGUGUUCGCCAACUGCACGCCGCCUUCCAAAGACGCUGUUGAUACCAAAGACCAAGAAUGGCCGUGCUCCUAUGCAGUAGUGAAAGUGCUAUGCGAAUGGGCGGUAUGCGGUGCACGGUGGGGCGAGCACCGCGCAAUGGCGGCCGCCGCGCUGCUCGACAAACGACAGCAUCAGCUGUUACAUCAGCACCAUGACCAUCACGCUACGGGUUCAGAUGACAAGGAAUCAGUAAGCUCCGGUCAGGGUCUUUACAACGGUCCGCCUAUCUUUCAAAACCUCCUUCUUAGAUUCUUAGACAACGAUGCUCCAGUAUUAGUCUCUUUUUCAGACGAAAGUCCAAGCCCUCCACCGGGCAAUAGACAACAGUUCGCGAAUUUAGUGCAUUUAUUCGGAGAAUUAAUUCGACGAGACGUGUUUUCACAUGAUGCCUACAUGUGCACGCUUAUCUCUAGGGGCGAUUUAAUUUCUCCUACGGAGCCGGCAUCGUCUGGCACAGCAAACUGCCACACAGUGGCGCCUCCUGCGAAUAGUUCUGGAACUAAUCAUAAUAUGGACGAUGACAUCUUUGCCGGCAUUGACCUGAAGCCUAAAAUGGAGGAAAACGUUCGAAUGGAUCUAGAUGACUCGAAAAUAGACGAUGAUUUAGAUAAAUUAUUGCAACAUAUCAAAGAAGAUCAGCAAAAUUCUAUGGAUGCACCCGACAGUCCUAAGGAUCCUGGAGAACCUUCCCAUAGCGUAAAUUCGCCAAUGAUGGGACCAAGUGGGAUGAGCAUACCCGGUAUGCAAUCCAUGGGAAUGGGACCAAUGUCUGUGCCAGGUAUGCGUACAACAAGCGCAGGCCCGUCGAGUGUCUGCCCAACACCGGCGUCAGUGUCGCGGCAUUACCACUACACGAUGCACUUCCCUUUGCCGCCCGCCGAGCCGGACCACACACCGCACGACGCCAACCAACGGCACAUACUGCUGUACGGCGUCGGACGACAACGGGAUGAGGCUAAGCAUGUCGUUAAAAAAAUGACCAAAGAAAUCUGUAAGUUAUUCUCUAAGAAAUUCUCUAUCGAUGUCGCUGAAGGUGGAAAGAUUAAGAAACAUUCCAGAAGCGAAUUUAACUUUGAAGCUGUUACUCAAAAGUUUCAGUCAAUGUCAAUGUAUGAACAAGGGGCAGUUUCAUGGGCUGUAGGCGGCGCGGUAUGCGAAGCCCUAGCAGCGUUCUCAAGUGGUGCCACAUCAUACCUUCCGCAGCCCGAGCAUGUCGCGUUCGCUCUCGACUUGUGUGAAAUCGCGCUUAAUGUUCAUGGACUUAUUGACACUUGCAUACAGAUACUAAAAGAGCUAUCAGAAGUGGAAGGAGCGUUAAUAUCACGCGGUGCGCCGAGCAGUGGUCUAGCAGCCCCACGGGCGUACACUUCGGCUCUUGCCCUUUAUACGGUCGGCGCUUUGCGGAGAUACCACUCGUGUUUGUUGUUGUGCGUAGAACAAACGUCAGCGGUAUUCGAACAAUUAUGCCGAUUGGUCAAAUGCGUGGUGAACCCGGGCGACUGUGGGUCAGCCGAGCGAUGUGUGCUAGCGCAGCUACAUGAUUUAUACAAGGCAGCAGCCCAUCUCUGCCACGCACCACAUGCUGAUACCUUCGCCAACGCUUACCCUAAGAUUAAGCAAGCUCUCUAUUCCCCACUAACACCUACACCGUCCAGUUACGUCUAUAAUCCACAAUUUUUAAGCGAAUUUUUUACGAAUCCGCGUAAAGGUAAAAUUGAAAUCGCAUGGGCGCGUCAAGUGGCAGAGUCUCCGGUGAACAGGUACAGCUUUGUUUGUUCCGCAAUGUUGGCGGUUUGCCGCGAAGUUGACAAUGACCGAGUCAACGAGCUGGGCGUACUCUGCGCGGAAAUGACAGCAUGGUGCAGUAGCCUCGCAGCCGAAUGGCUCGGAGCUUUAGUGGCUCUAUGUGGCGCACAGCAUUACCCCGCAGGCGCUCCACCACAUACCGCCCCACCGCCGUUGUACCCUGACCUAUUGCACCAUAGAGAUUUGCAUGACGCCGCGGCUCAUGAUGCGUUGGCAGUGUUUACUUGUAUACUUGUUGCGCGUCACUGCUUCUCUCUAGAAGACUUCGUCCGCCACGCAGCCCUUCCGUCUCUUCUAAAAGCCUGUGGCGGCGGUGGUGUCUCCGGCAACCCCGCAAACGCUCCUUCGCCCGACACGGGGGCAAGACUGACUUGUCAUUUAUUGUUAAGGCUAUUCAAGACUGUUGACACUCCGCAACCAGGUUUAUACAGUGUAUCAACCUCCCCUGGCCCCGGCGGUACUGCAGCUGGCGUGCGUUUGUCCUGCGACAGGCAUUUGCUCGCUGCUGCUCACAAGAACAUCGGCGUGGGACCUGUGCUGGCUACGUUAAAAGCUAUUCUCAUGGUGGGAGAUUCAACCGCACGUGAUGGCGGUAAACCCGGCGGCAAGAAGUCCUGCGAGCUGUCACAUAUACUCGGCACCAGCGACACCGUGCCCACCGAUGCUCAGCUGGAACUUAUGUCGAUGGUAGACUCAGAGAUGAGUGGGGGCCAUAGAACUCCUAGGGGCAGCGGUGGCGUCGGUUCGACCUUACUAGAUUCGUCACAGUCGCUAUCGUCACUUGCACGACGAGUGCUAGCUGAGAUCUGUUCGGAAGAAUGGGUACUGCAGAAAUGCCUGCAGAACCCUGACGAACUCUACCAGCCUGACAUGCUACUGGACUCCAUGCUCACGCCACGACAGGCGCAAAGGUUGCUACACAUGAUAUGCUACCCCGACUCCGCCAGUCAUACGCAACCCGAUCUAGAUCAAAAGACUAUGAUAACUCGAUUGCUAGAAAACCUCGAGCAAUGGUCUCUCCGCAUGUCGUGGUUGGACCUGCAGCUGAUGUUCAAGCAAUUUCCCAGCGGGUCGGCGGAAUUGAGCGCUUGGCUCGACACUGUUGCACGCGCCGUCAUCAACGUCUUCCAACAACCAGCACCGCCGCCACCUGAUAAGGAUAGAACGGGCACUGAUCGCGGAGUAGUGAGCACGAGCAAAUGGUCUGAAUCGGUGUGGUUGGUCGCGCCCCUCGUGGCGAAACUACCCGCUGCUGUACAGGGACGCGUCUUAAAGCAGGCUGGACAGAUUUUAGAAACUGGCUGGGGCUCCGGAUGUAGCGGUAAUUGCUCGAGCGGCAGCGGCGGCGGAGGAGGCUCGCACCGCGACUGCAAGAGCCAUCAGAGUCCUAGCUAUAAAGGGUCGACAGGCGCUGGCAGUGGCGGCAAGCGCGGCGUUAGCGGUAGCUCCUGCGGUGGUGGAUGCGGGUGCGGAGGGGGCAACAACAUCCGACUCGCAAACGAGCCUUUGCUCUCCCUCGUCUUAACAUGUCUUAGGCACCAGGAUGAUCAAAAAGAAAGCCUGCUCAGUUCAAUCCACGCUCAACUGCAACACUACUUAACCCACACACGCGACCAUGAACGGUCAACGUGCAGCGACUCAUGGCAAGACGAGGUCGCCCCGGAAGCUUUACAACUCCGUUUUUCACUCGCUGGCGGCAUGUUCGACGCCAUACGAAGAUCUUAUCAACUAAUUUCAGAUUGGGCUGUACUAUUGACACAACUGGUGGCCCAUCAAGUUGUUGAUGCUUAUAAUAAUAGUCUGUGUCGCAGCAAUUUGUUCACGACAUUGAUCGACAUGCUUGCCACUUUGAUCCACUCGACACUCGCCGACGGAGGCGACGAUAACAAUCGCAAACACUAUCAAAACCUGAUGAAGAAGUUGAAGAAGGAGAUCGGCGAUCGUCAUGGACCUUCUGUGCAGAGUGUGCGACAACUGUUACCUUUGUCUAAGAAUACUAUUAUUGAGGUAAUCGCUUGCGAACCAUUAGGGUGCCUGGUGGACCAAAAAGGAAACAAAAUUACAGGCUUCGAUAGCGACAAAAAACAGGGUCUCAGAUUAACGGACAAGCAACGAGUAUCAAGCUGGGAACUAGUGGAAGGUGGGCGGAACCCAGCUCCCCUCUCUUGGGCCUGGUUUGCUGCCACCAAGGUUGAAAGGAAACCCCUUACUUACGAGAAUGCACAUAGAUUACUCAAAUACCACACGCACAGCUUAGUGAAACCGCUAAGCUACUACUUAGAAUCUCUGCCACUGCCUCCCGAAGAUCUCGAAACAAAUGAGAGUAAACAGGACAAUGGAAGCCUAGACGGCAGUCCCACUAGUGCUGGAAAGGGUCGAUCGCGAUCGUCAUCUUGCAAGAAGAUGAAGAAAUCAAAGCCCACUACGCCAACGAGCGGUCCGCCAGUGCCGAGCACGAACGGCGGACCUACGGGCAUAACGCCUGCACCGGCGCAGCAGCCGCAAUUCAUGCAGCAACAGCAGCAGUGGUUCCCGCCACCAGGACAAAAUUAUUACACUCCACCAGCUGGCGUAAGCCCUCGCAGUGUUGCGCCCCCAGCCAACACGCAGUCGAAGCAAGCCAUCACUAACAUGCUGCGGCAACGACUUCCAUUUAACCAGAUGUCACAGAUGCAGCAGCAAAGUGGAGGUUAUCCCGGCGCCCCACACCCUCGAGGGCCGCCAUUCCCGCGCCAAGGCAUGCGACAGAUGCAGCCCAAUCAAAUGGGUCAAAUGCAACCAAACCAAAUGAACCCAAUGAGUGCAAUGAGCGGCAUGGGACCAAUGGGCCAAAUGACCAGCGUUCAAAUGGGACCUGGUGCAAUGGGCCCUAACCAGAUGGGAGCCCAGCAGAUGGGUGCUGGUCAAAUGGGAGCAACUCAGAUGAGCGCCGGCCAGAUGGGUGGCAUGGGCGGGCAGAUGUUCGGUGGACAGUACGGCGGAAUGCAGCAGGGGUAUGGCGGAUAUGGACAACAGAUGUUGCAAGGUGGCCAACAGCAGAUGAUGAACCAGGGUAUGGGACAACAAGUAAACCAAAUGAGUCAACAAGUAAAUCCCAUGGGGCAAGGCGUUAACACGAUAGCCCAAAACGUUGGCCAAAUGAACCAGGGCGUAGGACAAACGGGUCAGAUGCCACAAGGCAUGGGACAGAUGGGUCAGGGUAUGGGACAAAUGGGGCAGGGCAUGGGACAGAUGGGACAAAUGGUGCAAGGUGGGGCAAUGGGCGGAAUGAACAGUCAAGGUGGUGGAAUGGGACCGCAGGGUGGUAACGCUAUGGGAGGAUUCCCUGGACAACAAUCAUUCCAACAGAAUAUGAUGGGUGGUCGUACAAGCCAAGAGGCUGCUUAUAUGGCCCAACAGAGACAAAACGCGCGACCACAGUAUAAUAUGCAGGCUCCAAACGUAACAAUGGGCGGGAUGGGUGGACCAGCGCCACCGUACCCUCGUGGUAUCCAACCUCAACAGAGCGCUCAAUAUCAGCAAAUGACUCAACAGCAGCGCAUGCGACAGCAACAAAUGCUGGCCAUGCAACAACAACAGCAGGGUGGCCUGGUCCAGCACCUACAGAGACAACAGUACCAGCCGCCCUAUUAGUCUCUGCGAUUCCGGCUGCGGCUCGCGCUCGCCAAUCGUAUGCCAGCUGCAUCAGCCGAGGAUCCACAAACUGACUAAUAACACGGUCAAUGCUAAACGAACUGAAUAAAACAUAUUUACGAUUCGAACUAUAUGAAAAUAUAUUUAUAAUACGAACUGACAAAUAAAAAUAUGUUUAUGACAAACCAAUUGACCAAAAAACACGCUUUAAAAAUUAUGAACACAUAACCGUUAAAUGAUGUCAAUACAACCAGUGGAAGUGGGUGAAAUAAUUGCAAGAACUUAUUAAUGAAAAGCGUGUUAGCAACUUACAAAUUAAUAGUGACGUGUCGGAUCUAUUUAUUAUGGCAAAAGAUGACUAAAUCAAACUAUUUUUUUACAAACUCAUGAAAUGAAAGUAAUAGGUUAGGGUAGCGAGUGCAACAUAAGUAAGCGUGUGUUACACUAAUUCAUUAAAAACAAACAGAGUGAGUACUACACUUCCUACCUACCAUUAUUGGUUGGAUUUGUAAUACACAGAACAUUCUUCUCAUCUAUAGGGUAGUACAGCAGGUCACACAAUGAAAGAAUACAAAAGUUUAAAAUAAUAAUUAUUUGAAAUUAUGCAUGUCGUCGCUUCAUUUUGCAAUGCUCCAGAUUCUUGAAACUAAUUUGAUAGAUACAAACAUAAUUGUCAUUCCUUUUAUUUUCCAUACUUUAAAAAACAAUUUUUGUUAGAUCUAUCUUAUUAGCCACAGAAUCUUCUUUUUAUUAAUGGCUUUGCACGCAUAGU